AUGGAUCCGCACUUCAGUGAGGACCUACUGGAAGGCUAUUCCGAUACAGAAUUGAUCAAGCAUAGACAGAAGAUGCUAUGGAGGCUAUGGAGGUUGCCAAAAGACUUGGAUUACGCGGUCGGCCCUACUGUACGAAGGACAGUUUAUAGAUUGUUCAAUACUUACAUCAUCGUGGAUCGAACCGAGGGAAAUACAUUGGACGUCAUCUGGACAGCUGUUCACGACUCUCAAGCUUGGUCUACAGCUUCGCUGAUGCAUAAAAAUCCCGCGAUCCGUCACCUGCCAAACGCCGGGUCGCUCGCGACAGGCGAAUGCAGGCCUUUCUGGCUGGAAGAUAAGUACGGUCUUCCUACCCGUUCAGGACCCAGAGAACUCAAUCAGUUUAUCCAAUGCUGGCCGCAAUUCACAUCCAUGCCGCCGGUAAUGCAAGUCGUGGAUCAAGACCCCAUGCCAGAUGCCACCGAGCCAAUACCAAUAGGCACGAAGUUUCUGUGGCUUCUUGAUUGGGAGUUCGCCGGGUUCUGUCCCAUCAGCUUCGAGUACGCUUCCAUGUAUGACUUCAUCAUGCCGCAGGACUGUAAUUGCUUGGCCUGUUUACGGUGUACUUUGUUCACUUCGGUUACUCGUGGGUGUUACAAGGCAGAAGCUCGUAUUCUAGAUAGCAUAGAGUCGAAAUUCAUACAUUUACUGUGGGGAAGAGGUUCGAGCUGUCGAAGAAUAGAGGGCCGGUUAGGUAUCCCGUAA